AUGUCCGUACACCACCCCGCUUCCUCUUGGGCUCCUGACGAGGACGGUGCUACACUAUGGCUGGAACGAGCGAUGAUGGCGGGCGCCAACAUUAGUUUUGCAGCCUACGGUGUUACUGCGACCCUAUACUUCAUAUGCUUCAGUCAUCUUUGGUCGGAGCUCAAGCGCAGGAAGCGUUCGACAAUAUGGCAUUUGGUGUACAUCACCACGAUAUUUAGCCUGAGCUCGAUCGCCGCUGGUACCAACAUGCGCUUCUCCGAAUUGGCUUUCAUCGACAACCGGGAUUUCCCUGGGGGGCCGGCAGCAUAUUCCAUUGCCGAGAACUCGAUAUUCAUCAACUUGCUCGGAACCGGCGUCGUGUUCGCGGCUACCUGGUUGCAGGAUGGACUUCUGCUCUACCGCUAUCUUGUCAUCUGGGGAUUCAACUUGUGGAUGCUUAUCAUUCCCGGCUUAUUGUUCCUGGUUUCCGUCAUCAUGUCAUGCUUCCUCCUGGCACAACUUUGCCUCCCCGGAGCGACCUUAUGGGAGACAUCCAACGUCAACUUCGCGCUUGUCUACUGGUCGACUUCAGUAGCUACUAAUUGGCUGCUGACCCUGCUCAUCGUCGGCAAACUGGCCUACAUGCGACACCGUGUACGCAAGAUCAUGGGCGCCGACCAACGCUCGCCCUAUCUGUCAGUUUCCACGAUGCUCAUCGAGUCCGCGGCCCUGUACUCGACAUUCGCUAUCGCGUUCAUGGUCACUUAUGCGCGCAACGACACGGCUAAUUUCUUGUUCUUCACCACCCUCAGUCAAGUGCAGACAAUCGCGCCGCUCUUGAUCGUGCUUCGUGUAGCGCAAGGCAGGGCCUGGACAUCACAGACCUUGAAGGAGACACGCUCUACGCUGGCGUCCACGUCGAGGAGAACUGCGAUUCCACUCCAAUUCUCUAAGGCAUCUGGGGUCAAUACUGGUCAGACAAACAUGAAGGACAGCUUCGCCUCCAACACGGCCAUCGGUACUCAUGGCUCGAUCGACGAUAUGUUCGCCGAUAAGUAG